UACAAAUGUCAAGUUUUUGUUAUUAUUUCAGUGCAGCCAUGUAUAGAAACAACAACUAUACUAGAGCCGAUGACUGGUUAUUAAAUAUUUAUUUCAACAAAAAGAUAUUUACCAAUUUAUGGGUGUAUGGAAAUCACGUGUUUCUUUUGAUGUUGUAUCUAUGUUAUUACACAUCUCUGCCAGAAAUUCAGGUAUUUGGGUCCACCAUGUGUAUUUGGAAGAUUAUAGCGUUGAUGUCAGCGCCAUGGUCAAUAACAAGACUCUGUAUAAUGGUGUACUUACUGCUCACAUCUCUGUCAAAAAUUGCCCACCAUGAUGUUCUAAUUCGCCGGAAUAAUAGGCAAGAAACGGAAAAAGCCAGGCAAAGUAAAUAAAAAGG